GUACUGCAUAAAAGGCCUGCCCACUCCAGGACCCCCAACUGCACUGACACCUCACCCACAGCUGUGGCCUUCUACUCACCCUCAGCCACAGCCAUGGCUCAGUCACUGGCUCUGAGCCUCCUUUUCCUGGUCCUGGCCUUCUGCAUCCCCUGGGCCCAAGGCAGCGAUGGAGGGGCGCAGGACUGCUGUCUCAGGUACAGCGUGAAGAAGAUUCCUAGCCGCCUUGUUAACGGCUACAGGAAGCAGGAGCCGAGCCUGGGCUGCCCCAUCCCCGCUAUCCUGUUCUCACCUCAGAAGCGCUCUCAGGCGGAGCUGUGCGCGGACCCGAAGGAGGACUGGGUGCAGAGGUUGAUGCACCGUCUGGACGCACCUCCUGCCCCACAGAAACCACGGAAACCACGCCACAAGAAGGACAAGGCUGGCGAGAAGAGAAAGAGCUCCAAAGGCUCUAAGAGGACUGAAGAGCCGCAGACCCCCCGGACCCCCCAGACCCCCGAGACCCCCCAAAAGCCAUAGCCCAGUGCCCGGCCUGGAGCCCAGGGAGCCCCCAUCAGCCGCACCAGGAUUCGAAGCUCCAACCCAAGGGACGAGAAGAGGCCUGGACGACAGGGAGGACUCAGGGGCCCCAGAGCAGUGCUUCUGCCCCCGCGCUGGCCUUGCCUCCGCCCUCCUCCUGCUUCAGCUCUCCCUUCUGUACUUGUAGCCCCCGCCCCAGGCCAGGCCCAGAGAGGCAGAGGAGGCAGAGUGAGAGGAGGCAGCAGGACUGUCCCCUCUGAGGAAUGGUCAGCCAGGACCCUGGACCUGACCCUGCCCCCCACUGCACCCACCUCUUCCUUGUAAAUAUGACGUAUAAGCUGAAUAAAAAGCUGCUCCGGCUUCCC